CAGUGACCCUAAUUACCGGCGUCAUGGUGGCCCUGGCAACUCUAGUCGUUUACUCACCCUGACUCAUCUUUGCCCUUGCACGAGAAUGGAUGACGUGAGGCGUGCGUCCCGUAUGUGUGUCAGUGGUGGCGGCAAUGCAUGGGUGAGGGCAGCAGUAUCGAUCUAGUAUUAGAAGCAAUGGUCUGGUGUACGUCGAGCUAAUUGUCGCCGGUACUGGCCUGGCUCUCAUGCCGAGGUCAGUAGUUUACAGCUGGUGGGCGGGGCUGGGCAAGAGAGACAAUGCCAGGCUUCCACUUUCCCAGCCACUUCUUAGCGUGUAUCCCCUUAUGAGUGAGCUGCCACUGCAUGGCCACCUGAAGAUAUGGUAAGAGUAGAAUGUGUGAGGUACCGGUGCCUAGGAAAAACAUGGGAAGAGUGGGAGGGGACGAAGGGUGAGGCGCAGAGAGGCAUCGGCGAUCUGGCAGCAGCCGAGGGGAGCGGCGGGCGGGGGCCUUGAACAGGUUGUUGUGGCGAGCGCGUCAGUCGCAUGUGAGGCGGCGUACUGGUAAUCGCGCCACUUGUUCUAUCCGUGUGUCUUCUCGCUCAUUCCCGCAACCAAGUGUUCGUCACGUGUUCUGUUUAUACUCCCUUCACCACCAUGCCCGGCGCCCACACUGCCGCCCUGCUCCUUGCUGACGCCUCUUCUCGCCCCCGUCAGCUGCUCAUCACCUGACCAGCGUGUCGUUGGGAGAUCGUGCUGUACAUCCGACGUAGCAUUACGACUGUGUGUGUGUGUGUGUGUGUGUGUGUGUCUGAGUGUGAGUGCUACCUGCCGCGUGUGUCGCCACCAUGAGCGUCGCUCCCCCGAUGAACGCUUCGGUGCUGGACGCUGUGGUGGAGGCAGGGAACUUGACGCAGUGGGACACCCUCAACGUGCCGUACUUCAUCAGUGAGGUGCUGGUGGCAGUGGUGGCGGUGAUCGGAAACGCACUUACCAUCACCGUGUUUGUGGUGGAGCGAAAGCUUCGCCGCCGCACCAAUUACUACAUCGUGUCCCUGGCGUUGGCGGACCUACUGGUGGGGGUGUUUGGGAUUCCCUUCGCUAUCCUCACUUCCGUUGGACUGCCGCGGCCUCUGUGGGCGUGUCUCUUCAUGCUGUCCACGCUGCUCGUCCUGUGCACAGUGUCCAUCUUUUGCCUGCUGGCCGUCAGCGUGGACCGCUACUGGGCCAUCCUGCACCCACUGCGCUACUCCAGGGUCAUGACCGCCAGGAUCGCCCGCCGCAUCAUCCUCAUGUGCUGGGUGGCGGGCACGUUGGUGGGUCUGCUGCCUGUGAUGGGCUGGUACAACACUAAGAACGAGUACAACCAGGUGUGCUACUUCGUGAAGGUGAUGAGUUACAACUACCUGGUGUUCAUCUACUUCGGCACCAUCGUCUUUCCAGGGGUACUCAUGGCUGCCUUCUACACUCACAUCUACACCGUCGUUCUCAAGCAGACCAAACUUUCAGUGAGGUCGGAGCACGGGACGCUACGUCAGAUCGCCGCCCAGGAGCCGCAGGGGGACACAGCCUCAGUAGGAACGCAGGGCAGUCAAAGGCAAAGGUCGUAUAUUUUCCGCAGCCAGAGUCGUGGGCAGGUGAGCGAGUCGUCAAGAUAUGAUUCCCACCGAGCCAGCACCAAUACCAACCUCAACCAGCUGCAAAUACCAAGGAGCCCCAGGUAUGGUCAGUAUAAGCCCGCGUCUCCCUCCACACUCCAACACUCGCCCCUCCUCGAGCAUACUGACCUCCAGUUCAGUCCACAUCAUCGUGCGCAACACCGCCGCCACCCCCCCAACGACAGCCUCCACCAGUACUUCCUCCACCUCCACGGCAAGGAAGGGAAGAGAAGCAGCUUGGAGGAAAUAGAUUCGUGUUCUCAAGGUGAAAACAACGACAAAACAGCACAGGACGACGGGAGUGGGAGCAGAAAUGGGAGCGGCGACGACAAAGCCAAGGACGAGGAGACACGAGGCGCAGCACAUUUGAUCUUGGACCACCAGCCUCUUCUCGGCCGCUCCAGGACUCCAAGCAUCACCAUUGACUUUGAGACGCCCGAGAAGGACGCCUCGCGCUUGCCUUCCUCCCAUAGCGAAGAGCCAGGACGACUCCUACCGCGCGAAAGACGUAAAAGUGGACAUGAGUGUGUGAUGAGCUCUUACCGGAGGGGCAGCGAAGCUCACACACGCCGAAAUAGCGAAGGACAUUCUCGCCGGAGUAGCAGCGCACAUUCCCGCCGGGGAAGCACGCUCUCCUACGUCCUCUAUCAGAUGGCUCAUCCUAACCGGCGUGAAGUAAAGGCUGCUAAGAGUCUCAGCAUCAUCGUGUUGUUCUUCAUGAUCAGCUGGUUUCCACUGUACACCAUCAACUGCGUGCAGGCGUUCUGUAAGCACUGCACGGCAUCCAGUGGAGUCAUGUUCUUCACCAUCACCCUCACGCACCUCAACUCUGCCAUCAAUCCCUUCCUCUACGCCUACCACAUGCAUGACUUCCGAGCCGCCUUGAAGUCCUUCAUCCUACACCACAUCCUGCGCCGUCCACUGGAUCCUGACCUGAUGAUCAAUCGCAGUGUAGCUUCUCUCCACCACCACUCCACCAUGCACCGCAUCAACGUGAAUGACGCUUGCCUCACCAACGUUCACACGCCCCGCUCCCACAACAGUCCUGUCUCUGGUUCCCCAAUGGAUGGCAUCAGGUCUCGAUCUUCCACUCUGGGCAGCUUUGGUCCCUGGGACUCCUACAAGGCUUUGUCCACUUCUGUCUCUUUCCCUUCUUCCCCUGCAUUCACUACACCCUCUUCUGUGGGUGCCCAUACAAAUGACUUUUUAUCCCAUCGCCCACAAGUCACCACUCUCAUCAGUCAUGGAAAAUCAAUCUUAACCAAGGAUAUUCAUGAUACAACAGAUGAAACUUCACAGGCCUUGUUGCCUUCUUCAGUAGCUCUCUGUGUACCAACCACUCACCACAGUCACAGGCUCAAUUCCCAUGACACUUUACAAAACAAUAACCUAAAUAACAACCUAUCCCAGACUGACCAGCAAUUUUCUCUCACCAACUCAGUUACUUCCUUGCCACCACCACAAACAGAGAUGGAUGAUACAGCUGAUGUAGCAGUAAAUGAUGACCAUCACAGGUGGUCUCUAGGGACUGACCAGUAUGAGGAAUCACCAGCAAGAAGUGAGUCUGAGGCAACAGUGCAGGUUGGGGAUGCUCUGGAAUCAAAAGACAUCAACAACAUUCACAAUUUUUCUGAACCGGAAACUAUGAAUAGCACCGUUCAACCCCUGAGUGACUCAUCACUGACAGGUUCUGUCUGUACUGACACCAACAAAGAACAAAACAGUAAACAAGAAGGAUCCUCAUCUUGUAUAGCUUACUCCACCACUUUUCCUUUAGCUCCAACAGCCUCCAUAGAAACACUGCAUGACUCACCUUGCAAUGGCAUAAGCCAACCUAGCCAGGAUUGCACUGAAGCAGUCUCAGUGAGUGAUGAAGCAUUGAGCCAAGUUGCCUGUGGUAGGUUGAGCAGCCAGGAUGUGGAAAUUACUGAUGCAUCUGGCAUUAAUCAAAGUGAUGCCCAAACACCAACCUCUCUGCUCUCCAAUGGCAGUGCAUGUGGCCCUAUGCACAGCAGUCCUGAGGAAGGGCUUUCAUCUCCUACAUCCCCUGUGGAACUUGGUCCAGAAUCCCUUAUUCCUCAGGUCACAGAGAGUGAACCAUCAAUUUUUUUGAGGCAACUUGGUAAAUAUCUCCCAAAAAUCUUACAAAAGAAGGAAGGCGGCCAGCGACCGCGGUUCUUCAGAUUACAGAAUUGGUGGUCACAGGACUCAAGACACAAGUCUUACCAUGGGAUUUCUAUGGAAUCUAGGGAUUCCACCCUCACCAGACGUGCUUGCAGUGUCAGUGGUGCAAUAGGGACGUAACAGUUGUCCUGCACCAUAGUCUUGUGGACCUCAGGGGCCAUCCCUGCUUUCUAUUGCAGUGAUAGUUUGCUGUAAAUACUUGUGACAUUGGUCAUUUGCAGAAGUUACAUUUGAAAAAAUCAGACAGUUCCAGUGCUGUCUGCAUGUCAGUUUGGUCCAAGAGGAGCAGUGUAUCCAUAGAUGUUGCCUCAUAGUGUAAGCACACUAAAUGGCCUUCCCAUGUAGUGUUAUCUUGUGCUUCUGGGAAGGAUGGAACAUCCUGCUGUCCUGCUGGUAAUGGGCUCAGGAGUGUGCAGUGAAGUGCUGUGCUGUUGGAUUUGGGUGCCAGUAGGGGCUGUGCUGGUGGUGUGGAGGGGCCAAGGAGCUGCAAAGCCAAGUGUGACUUUUGUUGGUUGAUAAUGUGUACUCCUUGAAAGAUGUGAUCAGGAUUACCACACAGCAGCAGUGUUGCCCGUACUGCUUCCUUGGGCCCCAUGUCCUUACUGUGACCUUGUCAGUAUUAUCUAAUCAGUAAUAUACUUUAUACAAAUGAUGUGCAGGUAUUAUAAAUUAUAUUUUCACAUACCUAUACCUAAGUCAUCUUGUGUACCAUCGUGGAUGGUAGUUUUGGAAGAGCCUCUCACUGUGCAUUAUGCUGAUAUGUAAUACUCAUGUCCAUUAUGUGACUAAUGUGCAAAACAUAUACUUCCUGUCCAUUGAGCCUUCAUUAUCAGUAGCUGAUUCAGUAUGUUUUCAGUCCAUGACCCUCACCAUACAUAAUCUCUCUAGACAAUACUUUAGGUUAUGACCCUGAAAUCCAUAAACUUCCCUUCUUUAUGUUGUCUUGCAUAAUUUUGUUAGUGUUUUUAUUCUAAAAACAACUUCAGAUGUAAUCCAGAUACUGUGUCAACAGUCCCUGGGCAUGUGCAGUGUUUAGUGUCCCUUCAUUGUGUCUACAUUAUUUACUGCUGUGUUGCAUCACAACAUGAACAGCUGAGGAAGCUGUGUGCUAACCAAAUGAAAACUCAAGCUCCAGCCAAGCCUUGGGGGAGAGGCUGCAGGUGCUGGCAUGAAACUGAUAAGUGCAAAUUUAAUUUAUUCAUAUGAGGACACUUGCCUGCUGGUGGAAGUUUAGGUGUGGCAGGUGAAGUGUCUGAGGUCUAUAUUUUUAUUUGAGGCUUAACAGUAAACAUCAGUACAGGAAUAACCUUUUGUAUGAAAUUAGGUUGGCAAAAGUGUAAUGUGUGCACUAUAAAUACUCUAAUUUAAGAUUAAGUGGUAACUGUUGUGAUUUUUGUGGAACCUUUACCUGUGGCAAUUCCUUUUGUGCAUCAUUGCAUUUUGGAGCCACAUUGCAAGCUACAGCAGCAAGUGUGUGUGUGUGUGUGUGUGUGUGUGUGUGUGUGUGUGUGUGUGUGUGUGUGUGUGUGUGUGUGUGUGUGUGUGUGUGUGUGUAUAAAGUAGUACUAAGAAUGAAACCAGUCACCCUUGUUAUUUCAGUGACCCAUAUCUGAGUGAUUGAGGGAACCACAUGCUGCUCCCAUGCCUACUUUCUCUUUCUGGUCCCAGGUUUGAUCAUGGGUUCUGUGAUUUGAAAGCUUUUGAUAAUUUCUAACUACUCCUCCAUAUCCAUUGACAAGAUGUACUGCUCUUCCUUUCCUUGAGUCCCUGGCCUCAUCCCAGUGUAUGGGAAGUGUGCCAGGCAAGCCAUCCUCCUCUUCUAAAAUCUCAGCAUAAAGUUCCCAUACAAGCAGACUGACAUGAAGAAGAUUUUCAACAUUUUGAGAAAAUUAGUUGGGUCCACUACAAAUUUGAAAAAUGGCAAUGGCAUGUUUCCAGCAUUAACAUAACAUUGUUUCAAGGUCUUGUGCAUCCAUGACACUGCCUCUGCCUCCUUUCUCCUUCAUGGUCUUUUAGAAUUUCUAUCUAGUUGUAUUUACUUUGUGUGUGUGUGUGUGUGUGUGUGUGUAAAGAAGUUAAACUGGUGAAUGAGAUUAUUAUAAAGAAAUAAGGGGAGCAAGAGAUUAGUGAAUGACUGGACACAGAGAUGAAUGAGUAAUUAGCAGGACUGGGGUGUGAGUGAGGGCAUAAGUAUGAAGCGGCUGGCUGGCUGCCUCCCUCACCUGGGGUAUGUCAGCCAUUUCAUGUACUGAGUGACAAAUAUGGUUAACUUUAGCUUUAAUGGGGGAACUAUUUUUAGGUAUGUGUCAAAUACAUUGUCAUCAAAUAACUGAGCAAUGUUUGAUGUCUUCAUUGCUUCCUCAAGAUCAAUAUUUUUCAUUAUGAGUUUACAUAUUUUUGUUUUGUUGAUCAGGCAGACGAGUUAUUCUAAAGGAAGCUUUACUGAUAUUCUGAGUAAAACCUGGCUUUGAAUAAAGUGUCAAGACAG